AAUCAUAUCGUUUUAUGAUUCAAUCUCGUUUUUCAAAUAGUCAAUUUUAUAUUCAAAUAUCAAGAUUUCGUCUUUGCGUUUAAUUUAUUAUAACAUUAAUAUGAAAUAACUAUGAUGUUGAAUAAAUUAUUCUCUUUUUUGUUUUACAUUUAAUGUGUACUAAAAUCCUAAACCCUUGCAGAAUAUUAGUUUUUCAUUGGAUAGUUGUAUAUUCUUUCAAUAAAACCCACAAAAGCAAUAGUUUAUCUUAUACUGUUUUAAUUAGAUUUUUUAGUUCGUAACUCGAUAUUUAACUUAGAAUUCAGGGGUCAAAAAACAACAGAAGAAUUCAAUAGUUUUCUCAAAUACAGAUAAUAUAACAGUGGCUCAAACCUUCGAACCUUUUGGAGAGGUUGUUGAAAAAAAAUAUUUUAUCCGAAGUAGGAUGUGUUCACAAAACAUAGAAUUGCUAAUUAUUGAUUUUGCGUUUUGUAUACAUAUAAAAUGCAGUUCAAUCAAUAUUAUCGCAUAAGGAAAGUGAAUAUCAAGAGUAUGGAUGAAGAGAAGACUAGAUCUCAGAUCGACAUUCAUACCUCAAAUCUUUCUGGUAAAAUAUUUUGUUAUUGUCGAUUUAUUUAUUGAAUAAUUUAUCUUUAAAUCUAGAGAUAUUCAUCGUAAAUGAGGCAAUUAUGAUGAAGCAAGAGAACUAUUUUAAAUCUCUUAAACAAACUGAAUCACUCUAUGAACAAAAUCAUCAAACAGUUGUUGACACUAUGCAUAAUAUUGGACUAUUACUUAAAAAAGAAGGAAAAAUGCGUUAAAAUUUUCAAAAUAUUACUAUAGAAAAGAACAUUCAACUAUUGGAAUUUGUCUUACCAAUAUUGGUAACACGUAUUUAUCGAAAACUAUAGAAAUUCUUUAAGACAAUUUUUUUUUAAAUUUUUUAGCAGUGAUUUCAAAACAGCUGAAGCUAGUUAUAAAGAAACAUUAACUUGUUCAGAACAAUCAUAUGGCAGUAGUUAA